AUGAAACUAUCAAUUGUUGUAUUGUCAUCGAUAUUGGCUGUUUGCUCUGUUACUACAGCCAUCCCAGUCAAUCCCAGUGCAACUGCAAGUGCCGGAGCUAGCACUUCAAUCGUCAUUCCCAGUGCACAAACUACACCUUCAACUGAUCUUAGUCAACUUCCAGAGGAGGGUAUGAAGUUGAUCAAAGAGUACACACAGACGAAGAAAAGUCGUGACGAUGCAAAGGAAACGUAUGGCUUGACACAAUCUGAAAUGCAUGUUCAAGAAAAAUUGGUAAAACGGCUACAUAAAAAAAUUAAAAAGUUGCCACGUAAAUCUCAGAUUAGCGAGAAUGGUUCAAAGUACAGCGAAAAACUCCAAAAACUUGAAGAUAAACUUGAACAAGAACAAAAAAAUCUUGAUGAACUUAUAAAGAAGCAGCUGGAAUUUGGUUGUGCUAGUCUUACUUUCAAAUUAGGUAAAAUCAAAGUACAACUCGUAAAGUACAUAUUUGGGGGAAAUCUGCAUUAUCCAUUCGACUAUUACAUGGAACGUUUGACAGCAAGUCACCAGUUUAUGGAACUCGUCAAAACAUUUGGCAAUUACUCACCAAGCCAACAGUUAGGAUCCCAGCAAGACUCUACUAGCGGAGCUCAUAGUUCAUCACAACAAGCACCCCAAGGCUAUGAUAAUUCGGCCUUCUUAUAUGAUGAUGAAAUGAAAGUUUCAGAAAAUUCUGGUACUAUGCACUCAUCAAGCGAAACGCCUAUAGUCCAACCCACUCAAACAUCAUCCAAUACACAGGCAGCAUCAUCCAGCACACAAAAGGCUUCCAAAUCUUCUCGUUUACAGAAAGUUUAUCGCGAAAUUAAAGGUGGAUUUGAAUUAGGCUGGAAUCAAGACAAAAGUGGUGAUCGCAAACCAUUGAUUGAUCCGAAUACUAAUCUGAACUGA